UUUACUAGGCCUACAAUGUCUCCCGAUCCAGCCAUGUUCGGCACGGAGUCGUCAUUAAGCAUGUUUCUCAACACCCUGACACCCAAGUUCUAUGUGGCUCUGACUGGCACCUCCUCCCUCAUAUCAGGACUCAUUUUGAUCUUUGAGUGGUGGUACUUCAGGAAAUAUGGGACCUCCUUCAUCGAGCAGGUGUCUGUGAGCCACUUGCGCCCCCUACUGGGAGGAGUGGACAGCAGCUCCCCCAGCAACUCCAACACCAGCAACGGGGAGGCGGACUCCAAUCGACAAAGUGUGUCGGAAUGUAAAGUUUGGAGAAACCCGCUGAAUUUAUUUCGAGGAGCCGAAUACAAUCGGUACACGUGGGUGACGGGCCGAGAGCCGCUGACGUACUACGACAUGAACCUGUCGGCGCAGGACCACCAGACCUUCUUCACCUGCGACUCAGACCACCUCCGACCCGCAGACGCCAUCAUGCAGAAGGCAUGGAGAGAGAGAAACCCUCAAGCUCGCAUCUCAGCCGCACACGAAGCUCUGGAACUGGAAGACUGUGCGACGGCCUACAUCCUGCUGGCCGAGGAAGAGGCCACCACCAUCAUGGAGGCCGAGCGCUUGUUCAAGCAGGCACUGAAAGCCGGAGAAGGUUGUUACCGGCGAAGUCAGCAGCUGCAACACCACAGCACACAGUACGAGGCCCAGCACAGAAGAGACACCAAUGUGUUGGUGUACAUCAAGAGGAGACUGGCCAUGUGCUCCAGGAAGCUUGGCCGCACGAGAGAGGCUGUGAAAAUGAUGAGAGAUUUGUGUGUUUUCCAGUUAAUGAAGGAGUUCCCUCUCCUCAGUAUGUUCAACAUCCAUGAAAACCUGCUGGAGUCAUUACUGGAGCUUCAAAACUACGCUGACGUCCAGGCCGUGCUGGCCAAGUACGACGAUAUCAGCUUACCAAAAUCAGCAACAAUAUGCUACACAGCUGCUUUGCUCAAAGCCAGGGCUGUCUCUGACAAGUUCUCUCCAGAGGCGGCGUCCAGACGAGGUCUGAGCACAGCAGAGAUGAACGCAGUAGAAGCCAUUCACAGAGCAGUGGAGUUCAACCCUCAUGUGCCCAAGUACCUGCUGGAGAUGAAGAGUCUGAUUCUUCCUCCAGAGCACAUCCUGAAGAGAGGCGACAGCGAGGCCAUUGCCUACGCCUUCUUUCACCUGCAGCACUGGAAGAGAGUGGAGGGGGCGCUCAACCUGCUGCACUGCACCUGGGAGGGCACAUUCAGAAUGAUCCCAUAUCCUCUGGAGAAGGGUCACCUCUUCUACCCCUAUCCCAUCUGCACAGAGACAGCAGACAGAGAGCUGCUACCCAUGUUCCACGAGGUGUCAGUGUAUCCCAAAAAGGAGCUUCCCUUCUUCAUCCUCUUUACGGCCGGCCUCUGCUCGUUCACCGCCAUGCUCGCUCUGCUCACACACCAGUUUCCUGAACUCAUGGGAGUCUUUGCCAAAGCCUUCCUGAGCACGCUGUUUGCUCCUCUCAACUUUAUCAUGGAGAAGGUGGAGAGCAUCCUGCCGUCCAGCCUGUGGCACCAGCUGACCCGCAUCUGACAGACUCUCACCUGGAUGGACUCUCAUUUCGGAAAGCAAACACCGGCCUUGGUGCUCACGUGGGGACUCGUUCCAGUGAAGUGACGAGGGGGUGUGGAUAAACAAAUGGACUUUAUUUGACAUGUUUGGGGGAUUUUUUUGAGGGGAGGCAAUUAUUUAAAAGUUGUUUGUUGUACAAAAGUUGCCAUCAUUACAAAAAGUGAAGACAAAAAAAAACAAUAAAGAACUUUUCGUGUAUGACUGCAUGCCACCUGACAUUUAAGUGAUGCAUCUGAUUGUUUCAGCAGAUAGGAAGUGGGCGUGGUCUUGUCAAGAGUCUCCAAUCAGGACAUGCCUCUUUCCACACCUGCUGUGAUUUCCUCUCUCCAGAUGCCAAGAUGAUGUUAGUGUUCUCCUCAUGUGGUCUUUUUACUGUCACUCAGGCAGAACAGGAGCUGGAUGUCCAGGUUCUACACACUAACAUCACACCAGGUGACUGACAGCUGACACUUGCUAACAAGAAGCUGCACUUGUUCUGCCUUUUUUCAGAUGUGUAGUUGAGUAAGCCUUAAAGAGCCAAAUGAGCUUUUCAACAACAAAAAUUUGCACUAAUUACUUGGAAGUCGUCACCAUCUUGGCAGUGACAAAUGUGCAGAUUCUUUCAAUUUGAAGAGCAUGGCAUAGCCACUUGACAAUAAAUGGGGGUGUUGUCUUGAAGCACUGCUAUACAACACCACCUGGUGGUGAGCCGAGGAUACAUCUUCAUGAUGAAGACCAUGGAGUUGAGAAACGGCUAACAGCAGCAGGUGGUCUCCUGCUGGCCACUUCAAAGACCAGGGAGGCCAUGUCCACUUCCUUAUACAGCAGGAGUCUCAAUGUUGCAGCAACCUCAGGCGCUCGGUGUCCUGUGACGAUCAAGACUGAGGUCACGUGUGACCUUUGCAGGUGAGCACGUCUACCACCUGGUGGCAGUCUCUGCACCGCACAGCGCAGCACCAGUGGAACUUGCACUCGCACUGGGCGCUGCGGCUGACCCGUGACGUGUCGUAGCCCCGCCCACAGCACAUGACCUCACAGCCGUCGGCACCACGGGAAGUGCGGUUGCAGACACGCCCAGCUGUGCCCAUCGAGCCUGAAGAAACAAGAACAAGUCAGUAGUCACAUGACCUAUUGUAAUCAGUUCACGAGAUGAGACGAUACACAAGGGUCAACAAGAACGAGACAACAUUACUUUGAAGAAAAGUAUAAAUAACAAAUGACAAUACAUUGCCAUCUAACUCAUUUCUACUACGUUACACUUUGCUGCGCUCUGUGUGUAUGCUAGCAGCCCUGCCUCCACCCACUGAGACAAAGAGACUGACAAAAGGGCUCACUGCGUUCAUUCCAUUCUAUGGAACAAACAUGCCAAGGUGCUGAAACCUCUUCCGGCCUAUUUGGAGGUGAGGGACGAGGAAAGCGGACACGGAUGCACGUGGCAAUAUAUUGAGUUAAGUUCAUUUUCAUUUAUUGUGUGAUUAUUAAUGAUUGUCCCAGGCCUAGUGCCCACGAACAAACAAUCUUCUCACAUUUUAAUCUCACGAGAUCUUGUGAUGCCCCCAACAUUACAUGAACUUUAUAGACUUUUCAUUGCCGCAUGUCUGCGGGUCAGUGAAUGCAUCAUGCAACAAAGUCGGAACUAGGUCUCAAACUAAUGAUUAUAUUAAUAAUCAAUUAAUCGGGCGAUUAUUUUUUCGAUGAAUGGGGGGGGGAACAUUUUUAAUUUCCACCUCUUAACAGCAAUCCCUUUAAGAAUGCAUGAAUGCACUUUUUCCCUCCCCAAAUUGCAGCAAAGAGGGCGAGGAAGAGGAAGUAGAGAAGUAUAAACAAUCAACUGACACUCUACUGCAAAUCAACAAGUUGCUGG